CAUUGUAUCAGUUCCCACACGAAGAACCACCGCGGUGCACAUCCAGAAACGGUGAAUUACGGAGGAAUUAACCUGGAUGGAACGGUACUCGCUGUGGGAUUAACUGUCGGAAGGUCGCGGGAAGGGAACGGACUUGUGUCGGGCUUGAGACGGCACCGAGAAAAUGCCCUCCGGACUGGGUUGUUUUCGAUGUGGACGGUAUCUCCAAGUGUGAUGGCAGAAGUCCAGUGAAUCGCUGGCCUCCCCUCCUCUCUUGUGUUGGAUGUCUUGGGGAGUGCGCUGCCACUGGUUUCUGGUGCUUCAGAUUUUUUAGAGCUUUUAUUGUGUAUCAACCUCAUCAUAGUCUGAUUUGUUCUUUUUAUGGAGUGCACACCACCAUGGACAGAGCGGGGUUUGGAAUAGGAGUGGCUAGUUAAGUAGGACACAAUGUGGUUAAAUGGGACAGGAACGAGUACACCGUGAGGAUUCUCUAACCCCUGCCCCCGAGUCCCAACCGUCUGAGAGGGUGUCGGACCUCACUGAGGCAAUCCUGGGCCGUUGGCACUAAAAUGUCCCUAAGUGGUGGCACUGCAGGCGGGAAAGGUGUGGACUCAAAUGCGGUGGACACUUACGACAGCGGGGAUGAGUGGGAUAUUGGUGUUGGAAAUCUGAUCAUCGACCUCGACGCUGACUUAGAAAAGGACAAACUUGAGAUGUCUGGCACCAAGGACGGCAUGGCGGCACCACCAAGCGCAGUGGCAGCGUUGCCUGACAAUAUCCGGUUUGUUAGUCCCGUGUCUGGCACUCAAGGCAAGGAGAGCAAAUCCAAAUACAAGCGCAGUAAGAACUCUAAAGACAAUAGUAGCAAAGCUUCAGCAGGAGACGGAGGUAAAAAAGAAACUACCGGACGGACUCAAGGCGAGCCGACAGGCACAGGAGCCGCUGGUAAUAACUCUGGGAAGAACAUGGAGAAAGGGGGCAAAGCCUCCAGAGGGGUUCUGGGUGGUAAAAAGGACAAGGAAGGGGCAAGUGGGAAAAGUAAGAAGGACAAAAAUGACAGCACCCCGGUCGUGGCGUUAGCUGCUGCAGAGAAGGAUGUUGUGUCUCAAGCCCAAGUUGCUUUGGGGAAUAGUCGUAAUGCGUCCUUUGAGAACACACAAUCAACAGACUUGGCUGAUGCCAAUCAAAUGGGGAAUAUUGCACUUGAAUCUGUUGGGAUAGUACCAGCAUUGUCAACAAAAACUGAACCAGAGGAGGUGGAGAAUGGAAAUAGUGAAUGCAAGACGUUAAAGAAGGUGAAAAAUGAGAAGAUGGAGUCUCCUGUCUCCACGCCAGCCCCUCCCCCUCUCCACCUCUUGGCUACGGUAGGCAACAGUGAGAUUUCCUCGCCGUGUGAGCAGAUAAUGGUCCGCACGCGCUCCGUGGCAGUGAACACGUCCGAUGUGGCCCUGGCUACUGAGCCUGAGUGUUUGGGACCCUGUGAGCCUGGCACCAGUGUCAAUCUGGAAGGCAUCGUGUGGCAGGAAACUGAAGACGGCAUGCUGGUGGUCAACGUUACCUGGAGGAACAAGACAUAUGUUGGCACCUUGUUGGACUGCACACGGCAUGACUGGGCACCCCCCAGAUUUUGUGAAUCCCCUACAAGUGAUCUUGAGAUGAGGAAUGGUCGUGGUCGAGGUAAGCGAAUGAGGCCGAACAGCAACACACCUAUCAACGAGAACAGCAACUCUUCAGACAACAAGGGAGCCACCAACAACAAGACCCGUGCUGCUUCUAACAGUAAGGGUCGGAGGGGAAGUCAGACACCAUCAGAACGUCGCACCCCACCUAACAGCAACACUGAGGACAUUAAGGCCAGUCCUUCCUCAACUGGAAAACGCAAGACCAAACCAGCCUCAGACAUGGAACCUAAUUCCAGCUCAGAGGACACCAAAGGCAACAAACGCAUGAGGACAAACUCCAACAGUGGGGUAGGACCAACAGGUCUUCCUAUCCCUUCUAUUAAGACUGAGCCACUCCCACCUCCCCUUGACCGCAGCUGCCCCUCUCCAGUUCUUAUUGACUGCCCACAUCCCAACUGCAACAAGAAAUACAAGCACAUCAAUGGUCUUAAGUACCACCAAGCACGUGCCCACAAUGAUGAUGAUAUAAAGUUGGAUUUAGAUGGAGACAGUGAGUAUGGAGAGGAUUCAACUCUCCAUCCUGAGCCAGGGAACUGUAAUGGAGCAUCUAUCUCUCAGAAAGGAUGCUUAUCCCCAGCACGUUCUGUGACUCCAAAAGGUAGAAACUUUGAUGCUCAAAGUCCUUCCCCUUCACCUGGGAAGUUUGGUUCAAAGCAGAGUAAAAAGAAAAUUGCUGAGACAGAUCCAGAGACUGUUGUUACGCCAAUGGAUGGGUGUGAUGAUGGGCUGUGCCUCACUGAUGAGGCCAGUAAUGAUGGUAUAGAGGACAAGAGGGGAUCAGACAAGUCCAAAAAGGGUACUAAAGCUGAUAAGAUCGCCCAGAAAAAUAUGAAGUCACCAAGGCCUCCAGGCCCUGGCUCUACAGCAUCCCAGCAGAUGUACUCUUUUCCUUCAGGGAACCCAAAUUCUUCCCCUGGGCUUACCCCAAUGAUACAAGGAAUCCCCAAAAGUCCCACAAUGAAAGGCACACAGCCUAAACCCCCAGCCAUUGCAGAUCCAGCCUCAAGUAGCUCAAAAGACAAGAAGAAGAAAGACAAGAAGAAAAAAGAUAGCGUGAAGGAGGCAGACAGCCCCAAGCCUCCAGGAAAAGGAGGAAAACUGGAGGAAGCAAAGCUCCCAUACCCUGAACCUUCUGAUCAAGGAAAUAAGGGUGAAGGCCUCCUGAAUGGUUCUUCAGAUCCUCAUCAGAGUCGCUUAGCCAGUAUUAAGGCUGAAGCUGACAAGAUUUACAGCUUUUCUGACAAUGCCCCUAGCCCCUCCAUAGGUGUAGCCAGUCGGAUAGAUGGUAGCGGGAUGCCACAGCCCCUAACACCUCUUCAUGUGGUUAACCAGAAUGGUGCUGAUAACUCAUCGGUCAAAACCAACAGUCCAGCAUAUUCAGACAUUUCAGAUGCUGGAGAGGAUGGUGAAGGGAAACUAGAAGGUGUCAAAGUCAGGACAGAGGACCAAGCCAUCAGGGAGAGUGUCAAAAAAGCACUCUUUCCAAACCAGCCACCCAGCAAGGAUUCACCCUACUAUCCUGGCUAUGAGACUUACUACUCCCCCAACUAUGUCAACCCCAGCCCUGGUGGGCCCAAUCCAGGCACACCAGUAGCUGAGGGUCAGGGUAAGAUCAAAAAAGACGAUGACCAGGAUCAAGUUGAGGAAAAAGUCAAGGUUGAGGUUAUUGAAGACCGCAAACCUGAUGGCGGUGCUCCAGGGCAGCAGCAGCAACAGCAACCCUCCGUCAUCCAACAGCGGUCCAACAUGUACAUGCAACCGCUUUACUACAACCAGUAUGCUUAUGUCCCUCCAUAUGCAUACCAUGCUGAUCAAGCCUACCAUAACCACUUGAUGAGCACCAACCCAGCCUACCGACAACAGUAUGAGGAAAGGCAGCGACAGAUGGCCGAACAGCAUCGGGCUGCUGAGAAGAAGUCUGACGUAACCAUAAAAGAACGAGAAGCCUCCAUUAAGGAGGAAUGGAAACAGAAAAGCCCGAUGCCACCAAGCCUCUCCAAACCUUCAGGUCAGUCAGAACUGGGAAAGACGCCUCAGCCCCAGGGCAAAUCCAGGGACUCACCCUCCGAGCCCUCCCCAAAAUCAAUGGGCAUAAAGGGGGAGGACCCAAAGUCCCAGCAAGCUGAAGGACUGAAGAUGAAACUGAGUGAAGGGGGCCACCAUGGAAAGGAGGACUCCAAGCAAGCACUGGAGUCCAGAGGUCAGGCAGGGAUGGAGCAGGCCAUGUGGUACAGACAGUACCCUGAAAGCCAGAAGCCCCAAGCUGAGGAUGAACACCAGCAACAACAACCUCGAUGGAAAGAUGAAAGGGACAGAGAGCGGGAACGAGAUCGUAAACUAAAGGAGGACAGGCCCAGGCCCAAGGACAGUCAAAGUGGGCCUAAAGAGGACAGCAAAGAGGGUAGCGAUCCAAGGAUCACAUCUGAGGACCACCGGGCCAUGAGCAAAGACUCUCGUUCUAACCCUCACAUGCAGUUUUCAUCACCACUAGCACAGCACCAGGGCUACAUGCCCUACAUGCAUGGUUACCCCUAUGGACAAGGCUAUGACCCCAACCACCCUGGAUAUAGGGGCAUGCCUUCAGUAAUGAUGCAGAAUUACCCAGGCUCGUACCUACCUGGAGGCUAUCCGUUUUCUCCAUAUGGUAGUAAAAUAGCUGGAGGUGAGGAAGGCAGUGAUAAAUCUCGCGUUAGUCCUACUGUCUCCAAAACUGCAACGGACUCCAAAGCUUUGGAUAUCCUGCAUCAGCACGCCAGCCAAUACAAGAGCAAGUCCCCCACAGUAGGUGACAAGCCACCCCACGACAGGGAGAGGGAGCAGGACAGAGGAGCUGGCGGAGACAGAGAUCGGGAAAGGGAUCGCGAGAGGGAAAGAGAAAGAGACGUGGACAGACCUCGAUCUUCACCAUCUCAACGCAUCAUGCCCUCGCACCACCACCUGGCAUACCCGCUGCUCUCAGGGCAAUACGACCUGUCCUACGCCACAGGUCUCUCCUCAUCAGCUAUUGUUGCCAGCCAACAAGCAGCAACCCCUUCCCUCUACCCACCACCGCGGAGGUGAGAACGGGAAACCUGACCGCCACACCUCAACCCUGCAAAGAUUCAUGUGACUGGCUCACAUGUGAAGAGAAUCUCCCGGGUGUUACCUUUUUAGACAUCAGUUGAAUGGUGUUUCUAUCUAUAUUUUUAGUUUUUCUGCCCUGAAGCGAGGCAGAUUGCCUUUUUUUUUCUCCCUCCCCUCGUUAGUGGCCCCAGAUUUCCCAAAACCUUGGACUGUAACAGGACUGGUUCAGGUUCAAAGCCAUUACUCUGCCUCAUCACGCAGAGGAAACACCGACCCGCUGGUUAUCUAGUCUUUGCACUGUCAACAAACACAAUGCAAAAAGAGACGAUUGGACUGCCAGAACAGCUUCUUUUCUUGUUCUUUUUUUUUCUUUUGACUGCAUUUUUUUCUUUUUGGUCACACGCAGAAAGAAAUUGGCAGGGGACGUUGGGGAGUCGGGUGGCUGAUGGGAAAGGGGAAUCAAACUAAAUAAGACUGAGAAGAUAAAGUGAAUCACAUUGAGAUGAUUUCAACUCUUUGGCUCAUCGUAUGCCAUGACACAACAGUAUAUCCUAAACUUGACAAACGAUCGGCUAUAUUUCACAGGGAGAGGGAAUAUGGCAACAGCUGCUUUCUUCAGAGACUUAAAGAGCCUGAGACUGAAGUUUUUUAAAUUUCAUCCUCCAUCGUCAUUGCUGAUCCUCUCCCAUCCUCUUUGAACCCUCACUUCUCGUUUCAGGGAUGAUGUCGUCAUGUUUUAUUGCGAAGGGACCGCGCACACCUCAACGGAGAAUAAACACUAUUCAUGUUUUCUUUUCUCAGUAAUGCUUCAUAUCAUUAUGUUCAUCCUUGAAUGUGUCUGAUGCUGGUGUUAGUCCUGUUUGUCUUCACCAUGUAAGGGUCACGUCUGUCUCUACACUCACUGAAACGGUGAAGCCACAUAAGCAAACGAUGAUUUCACGGGGCAUUGUCAUCACUGCAUCCAGCCACCUGUGGGGGUUUGGUGUUUUACUGUAAGCUUGUGCUUUGUUCACUAAGUAAGCUUGUUUUAUUGUAAAAAAAAUGUGAAAACUCUUCCAAAUUAUGCAUUCUCCUGCUGUAAAAUAGAUUUUCACCCACUUUCAUGUGCAUUUAUGUGAAUAUUGUCCCAUUAAACUGCCUGCGUUUAAUAUUUUUGAUCCUUCACAGCCUUUAACAUGCAGUGGUUGGAUUGACGCCUCAAUGUGCCGCUGAUUUGCUGCACCUUUGAACUUGAUUUUAUUCUCUUGACUCCCGCUUUAUCAUCUCAUCACAAGCCCUUCAUCCCAGCAUGCAGUGAGCAAUUUGACCUCUGAACCGCUGUCAUCAUCUCAGAUCUUCAAUCUCAACUCAAACAGAUUUUAUAAGGGUAAAUGGGUAAUCACUGACUAUUUGGGUUGUUUAAUCCAUCAAUGAACGGUGAAAUUGGUGCUUUUCUUGCUUGUGUGGCUUCACCACAACACACAUUCAUUAGAGACAGCUGUAAGCAUUCUUAUUUAUUUGUUUUUACCAGCCAGCUUUGGAUUAGUCUUUGAACAUCCCUGUCUAGUUGCUGCCUGUGCUGUAAGAUCAACCAGCAGCACCUGAAGCAUUAAGUGCAUGAAAUGACCCCAGAGAGCUGUCAGCUGUUACAAACAUGAACCAAUCAGAUGCAGACAAUGAUCUUACGUUAAGAGGAAAGCAUGAACCAGUGAACAGCUUGGAGCAGAAAGUUUUUAUGGUGAAACAACAGAAGUAGGACCUCGAUCAUGUACAUAUUUAAAGCAAUUAGCUCCUCGAUGCAGAACUGUAAAUAUAGGCUCAGUCCAAUUUCAAACUUUGCCCCCUGCUCCUCCAUUUUAAGAAUUUUUUUCUUAAGUCAGUGAAAACUUCCCCAAUGAAAUGGGACAACCCUUCAAGUUCGGACACAACAACAAAACAGGACAUUUCAACAACAAAUUUUAGAAUCCUAGUUCAAAAUCUAAAUGACCUUAAUGCAUUGAAACAAUAGUAAAGGGUGAGAUUGUUGUCAUCAGUUUAAACUUUUAACACUUCUUAAGCUGAUGAUUUACAAUGCAUUUUGGGAGAUUUCCCAUGACACUUGCAUGGAGCGUGCCUCUGGAAAAUCCCAGUUUGAAGGACAAUGUACCCCUCCAUUCCCGUAAGAAUCAGAACGCCCUUCCCUUAAAUGUGAAUAUGCAAAAUGUAGGGGUGGUGCUCAGCAGCAGGGGCAAGGGGUGUAUGGAGACUGAGCCUUACUGUCGUUUCAGACUGGGUGUGUGGUGGCAGCACAGUGGUUGCGUCACGGUUUGAUUAUUAUUUAAGUGUGCAUGUCAGUAAGAUGGCGCUUUCACAGAGUAGCAUCUGAUGCACUAAGAAUCUAAAAAAUAGAAGACUAGCCUAUUUUUUCCAGGGAGCAAUACUUUGUUCAGCCAAAAAGAACAUGAAAAUGAUUAUCAGAUAUGUAUGUCCACAUCUGUGGCUGUUUCUUGGUGACGUUGAAGAGGCCACAAGCCGGAACAUGAUGGCAUAAUAAAGUUGUUCUCCACACUAGCUGGAGCUUUCUGAUCCCACAUAAGUUGAAUAAAUCAAAGGAAAAGUAAGCAUACUACAGUUACACUUUCAGCGUGUACUUUUCACUUUCCAAGAACAAAAUUCCCUUGGAAAAUUGUGCCUAGUUUGUAGUUUUUGCUGAAUUUGCCUGGCUCAACUACACACUGAAACACUUUGCUUAUAGACGUAAAACUUGUGACGAAAGACAUGACUAUGACUGUAAGGAGAAGCUGAAACACACCUCAGCCAUCAUGCAGCAAACACGCACCCAGUCUGAAGUGUUAGUCUUCAAAUCUACGCAAAAGUGUCCUGGACGACAAAAAAGACCCUCUUUGCUUUAAAUCCCACUUCUGUUAGACCACUGGGGUAUACUUCAGGCGUGGUAUGUGAAAUUCUCUCCAUCUGCCGUUUACAUUGAUUUCCUAGGGCCUCUAUAGACACACUAAGAGUUCAUUUUUCUGCUUUGAGCUGGAUGUGCUAAAAUGAUUCAUUCAACUGAAUGAAAAAUGCUCACUCAGGCUGGAAACUAUGAACGUUUCAUGCUAUGAAAACUGUCUCAAUGUUCCUUUAAAGCAUUAUAUGGAGUAAAAUAUUGACCAUGUUGUCACUAAAUUAGAUUUUAUUGAUUUGGGUUUUUACAAUCACUUUUAAUGUCCCCAUUUUUCUAGACGUUUCUCAUGAUAUAUUUUGUGUUCAACUCUGUUUGCCACCAGUCCAUCUAACACCAUGUGAAGUCGUAGCUGUUUGUUUCAACUCUACGACUCAUGAAACGCUUCAUUUCGAGGUUUUUGGACAUUCCCAGUAAAUAUGUUGCCAGUUUCUCGUCCCCUGGAAGAUUUCAAGAUGGUAUAUGUUUUGAUUUUUUGCGCAUUUUUAAGAAGAAUGGCUAAAAUGAAUAAGCUGAAUGUGGUGGUGUUUGACUUGUACUUAAUCUGUAAGGGUAAUCUAGGCAGCUGUGAUGUUGUCAUUAAAGUCAGUGGGUUUUUAGUACCAGCAGACUGCAUACAGUACAUAUAGUUUUAUCAGACAAUGGUUGUGACAAGUGCAUUUGUUCUCCCUCUCUCUGAGAGUAGUAAUGUUAUCUCAGUAGUAAGCAAAGCCCAGUGAAAAUCCUAUAUACUAAAGUGUAUGAAAGCCAGAAAAGUAAUGUUUGCUAUCAACAUAUUGGAAAGUGCUUGGCUCUUGUAUUUUGCAGGACUGUAUUUGUUUCAUGGUGAAGAGUAUAUUUAUUGGCCAGCAGUUGUCUCAAUUGGUGCCUAGUUGAACAUUCUUCUGUGAAAACACAGAGACACUUGCUUGUUUGUCUUUUCCUGACCCACCUACUGUCACACAAACACCCCCCACCCACCCUGCAUCCCCCCACCCUCCCAAAAAGAGUACCAGUCCUUCUGGUGCUUGCAAGGAUGUUUACAAAGUCUUCAUUUCUUUCUGUGUGAGAAGAUUCAGAACUCUUCACCCUCUCCUCACCCUCCUCCUCCUCUCUCCCGCCCUUCAGGAGUUUGUGUAAAGUGUACAUUACCAUGGUUCUUUUUUAUACAAUACUCUGUAACUUGCCUUUGUAAAUUUGGGCUGGAAAAAAUAAAUCUUUU